ACUAAAGCACUAUAUUGAAUUUGAGCCCAUAUUAUAUAAUACACAUUUUGAUUUACAUUUUCGUUAAGUUUGAAAGAUCAAUAUCUCUCAACCAUAUGAUGGCAUCCCAAACUAUUAAUGAAAAAUUUGUGGAGUUACAAAAAUCAAAGCAAACACCCCAAAAUUCACGACCGAAAAUACAAAGGGUGGCAGAGUAUCUCAGAAAUAGAAAAAACUUUGAGAAGCAUUACUCGCCCAAGUUGUUGUCGGUAGGUCCUAUCCAUCAUGACAACACAAAUUUGAAGUUAGGAGAGAAGUACAAGCUUAUGUGGGCAGCAAAAUACAUCGAAAACACUGGACACAUUCCAGAGGAUCUGCACAAAAAGAUUGCAGAUAACAUUGAUGAACUGAAGGGUCAUUUUGGCGACGAUGUUUUAACUUUAACUGGCAAGUCUCUUGAAGGCUUUGGAAGCCUCGAAGAAAAGCUGUCGUGGAUGUUGUUCGUGGAUGGAUGUUCUUUGUUGUAUAUCUUAGAGAAAGCCAAGCUUGAUGAACCUGGGCACAUGAAUAUUAAAGUUGAUCAACUGGUUCUUGUGAUGAUGGAUGUGCUUCUGUUGGAGAAUCAACUUCCUUACGUAGUACUCAAGCUAUUGUGGAAAGAUAACGAUAGUGAAUUGAUAAAAAGCAUGAUGACUUUCCUCGACUGUCAUCAUUGGGCCACACCAGAUGAGUCACAGCCAGAUAAGGAGAAGGACAUGGUUCCAAAAGGAAAGGGAGAAGGAGAACAUAGUGUAUCAAUAACAAAUGAGUCCCAGUUAGAGACACCCACUCAUCUUCUUGAUCUUCAGCGUAAAAUCAUCCUCACUACAUCUAAUUCCAAGACUAAAAGCAAUGAAGCUAACAACAAUAAAUGGAGUCAGAAGAAUUCAGAUGAAAAUGUCAAGAAGAAUUCAAAGGAAGAUGUCAAGAUGAUGACAUACAGGAGCAUACAAGAUCUAAGAGCAGUCGGAAUAAGACUUAAGUCAAGUGCGACACGGAGGCCAACAGACGUAGAUUUCUCUGCAGGAUGGUUCGCUGCGAAACUGACUCUUCCUGAGAUCGUUGUGGACGACACUUCAGCCGCAACUUUCCUCAACCUGAUAGCAUAUGAGAUGUGUCCAGAUUUUGAGAACGACUACGGAAUUUGUUCGUUUGCAGCUUUCAUGGACUCACUCAUUGACCGUCCUGAAGAUGUGAAGGAAUUGAGAUCAAAAGGGAUUUUGCUCAAUUCCCUUGGGAGUGAUGAGGAAGUUGCCGAUUUUUUCAAUAUCAUAAGUACUGACUUGGUACCUAAUACAAAAAUAUAUUUUGAAGUCAGAGAAAAAAUACAUGAGCAUUACUGUAAUAAAUGCAAGACUUGGAUAGCGCUGGGUUUUCACACUUACUUCAGUAAUCCUUGGGCCAUUAUUGCAUUCCUUGCUGCGUUUAUCGCCCUUGCUCUAACUUUCAUUCAAACAUGGUUUGCGGUUGACCCGGCUUGCUAGUAAAGGUGGUUUGUUAUGGCAAUGUUGCUUUUGUACGAUUAAAUUAUGUUACAAAAAUAGGUCAAGUGUGUGUUGGCAUUGCACCGUAAUAAUUGUCUUCUGGUAAGGCAAUUAGUGCACUUCAACUCUCUAAGAAUUGUGUUGAAAAUUUUUUAAAAUUUUUUGGGUUAAGUUGGUGUGUCCCUUGAGUAUCUCAUAAAUGAUGAGUGCCUUUUUUCUUU